AUGAUUAAAAAAGCAUAACAAGGAUGUUUUAAUUUAUAAUUUUACUCUUCUAAGUUUAUAUUAUCUGAUCUUAGUACUCAGUUAAGGAUUGAAAGCGAAGAUUUGUCUAACCUUGGCCCUACUUUAGAAAAUUAGCCAAAUAUAUUAAUUUUGAAUGUUAAAACAUAAAACGAGGAUGAUAAGUAUUUAUUCUAUUUAAGUACUGCUUUAGCGAAGCUGAAUAAUCUUAAAUCGUUAAAAAUAGAUCUUGAUGCACGAUAUGUAAGCUAAGAAAGUAUAUAAAAUUUAAUUUUUUCAUUGACCAGUUGUUUGAAAUUGUCAAUUUUAGAUCUUAGUUUUACAACUCUUGGCUAUUGUAAGGGAAUUUAUAGUAAUGGUAAAAGUUUAAUAGAUUUAGGUAGCAAAUUAGCCACUCUGAAUAAACUGUCAAAUUUAACACUAAAGUUAUAACAUAAUGCCUAUGUUUCCAAGAAUAUUAAAGAUUUAGGUAAUAAUUUAGUAAAUUUUACCAAUCUCACAGAAUUAAAUCUUAUACUCCCUUAAUAAUCUUGCGACAAUGAUGAAUAUUCUGAACAUUUCAUCUCUAAUUUAAGUACUGCAUUGUCUAAUUGCAAAAAUCUCUUAACUUUGAAACUUGAUAUUUACUCAGUUUUAGGAAAACUGUCUAAUUUAGGCUGUGCUCUUAGUAAGUGUACAAAUCUCAAAACUUUAACUCUAUGUUUUAGUUAUCCAAAUAAUUUAAAUGAAUUGCCACAUUUAUGUUCUAUUUUAGCCUAAAACUUAUAAAUAAAUGCUUUUACAUUGAAUUUGGAAGAAUUUAAUUACCAUCUUAUGUUUUACUCUAAACUUGAUACAUAAAGUUUGUACUCUGCUUUGUCAAAUUUCAAAAGUCUAAAUUAUUUGAACCUCGAUUUUUCAAACAGAGAAAACUCUUUAGAUAAAGGAGAUUUUAUAAAUUUAGAUUUAGCUAUUUAAAACUGCUCAACUUUUUCAUUUGCUUUAAAUCACAUAAAAUUUGAUGAAGAUAUUAUUUCUUAUUUAAACUAAGCUUUAAUAAAUAAUAUAAAUCUUUCCAAAUUGAAAUUAUAUUUUGAUAGAUAUGAAAUAAAAACUGGUGAUUUAAAAAAUUUAUAUCCAUCUUUAACAAGCAUGGCAAAUCUUUCAAAUUUGACACUAAGUUUUAAAUAUAGCAAGUUCGAUAAUGAAUAAGUUUAAUUUUUAGGUGUUUCUUUAGAAAAAAUUUAUCUACUUUCCAAUUUGACUCUAGAUAUUAGCUCUACUUAUGUAAGUGACGAAGGUAUUUCAUUUUUAGGUUCUGCUUUAAAAAACUGCUCUAAUUUAUCAAUUUUAUCACUUUCUUUUGGUGAGAAUAAAAUUGGUGAUGAAGGUGCAUCAGGCUUAGGUUCUGGUUUAGCAAAUUGCAUUAAUCUCUCAAAUUUGACACUUGAUCUUCGUAAGAAUAAAAUUGGUGAUGAAAGUACAUCAGGCUUAGGUUCUGGUUUAGCAAAUUGCAUUAAUCUCUCAAAUUUGACACUUAACCUUUAUGGGAAUGAAAUUGGUGAUGAAGGUGCAUCAGGCUUAGGUUCUGGUUUAGCAAACUGCAUUAAUCUCUCAAAUUUGACACUUAACCUUUAUAAAAUUAGUGAUGAAGAUGCAUCAGGCUUAGGUUCUGGUUUAGCAAAUUGCAUUAAUCUCUCAAAUUUGACACUUGAUCUUGGUAAAAUUAGUGAUGAAGGUGCAUCAGGCUUAGGUUCUGGUUUAGCAAAUUGCAUUAAUCUCUCAAAUUUGACACUUAAUCUUCGCUCAAUGAAUUAAUCAUAACAAUUCAAAUUAAAAAGCAAGUGUCUUAAAUCAAAAAGAUUAGUUGUCUUUUAAAAAUAUUCCUAGUGA